GAGAGCGGCGGCCAAUGAGCGGGCGGGUUGCUGCGGGGUCUGAGAGCGGCGCUUCAUUGUCGGGAGCGGCGGCGACAUGAGGGGCGAUCGAGGCCGCGGCCGCGGCGGCCGCUUCGGUUCCAGGUUCCGGCCCUUUGUGCCCCACAUCCCCUUCGACUUCUAUGUCUGUGAGAUGGCUUUUCCCCGCGUCAAGCCCGCGGCGGACGAGACGGCCUUCAGCGAGGCGCUGCUCAAGAGGAACCAGGACCUGGCUCCCACCGCUGCCGAGCAGGCUUCCAUCCUGUCCCUGGUGACCAAGAUCAACAACGUCAUCGACAAUUUAAUCGUGGCACCGGGGACGUUCGAGGUGCAAAUCGAGGAGGUUCGCCAGGUGGGCUCCUACAAGAAAGGGACGAUGACGACGGGGCACAACGUGGCGGAUCUGGUGGUGAUCCUGAAGAUCCUGCCCACCCGUGAGUGCCACCCGGGCGGGGUCACAGCAGCCCUCGGUGCCAGGCCCCGCUCUGACCCUUCUCCUCCUCCUUUUCCUUUUUUCCCAGUGGAAGCCGUGGCAGCCUUGGGGAACAAGGUGGUGGAGAGCCUGCGGGCUCAGGACCCCAGCGAAGUCCUGACCAUGCUGACCAACGAGACCGGCUUCGAGAUCAGCUCGGCCGACGCCACGGUGAAGAUCCUGAUCACCACGGUGCCGCCCAACCUGCGCAAGCUGGACCCGGAGCUGCACCUGGACAUCAAGGUGCUGCAGAGCGCCCUGGCCGCCAUCCGGCACGCGCGGUGGUUCGAGGAGAACGCCUCGCAGUCCACGGUGAAGGUCCUGAUCCGGCUGCUCAAGGACCUGAGGAUUCGCUUCCCCGGCUUCGAGCCGCUCACGCCCUGGAUCCUGGAUCUGCUGGGCCACUACGCCGUGAUGAACAAUCCCACCCGGCAGCCCCUGGCCCUCAACAUCGCCUACAGGCGCUGCCUCCAGAUCCUGGCGGCCGGGCUCUUCCUGCCCGGCUCCGUCGGCAUCACGGAUCCGUGCGAGAGCGGCAACUUCCGCGUGCACACGGUGAUGACGCUGGAGCAGCAGGACAUGGUGUGCUACACUGCCCAGACCCUCGUGCGCAUCCUGUCCCACGGAGGAUACCGGAAAAUCCUGGGGCAGGAGGGUGACGCCAGCUACCUGGCCUCCGAGAUGUCCACGUGGGACGGGGUGAUCGUGACGCCGUCGGAGAAGGCGUACGAGAAACCUCCGGAGAAGAAGGAAGGGGAGGAGGAGGAGGAAAACCAGGAGGAGCCGGCGGCGGGCGAGGAGGAGGAGAGCAUGGAGACGCAGGAGUGACACCUGCGCUGCCCGCAGCAGGUGAGGGGACACCAGCCUGGAGGGUCAGGGUCCCUCCUCGGUGUCCCUGUCCCCUGUCUCUGUUUUGUACGUUGCACAUUAAAGCGUUCCCCCUUUCCAGCGUG